GUUUGACCCCAUUUCCUAAAGUUCACCAAAUUUGCUCGAGCUCUGAACCAUGAGAUUUUUGGCCUGUAAUUGCACAACCACUUGAAAUAUCUUUCUAAAUAGAUUCCCCGUGUGUCUACCUGUAGCUGUACGUUAACGCUGUAAAUAUCAACGAGCUACGUUUGUUACACGAACUUGGAAUCGAGUCUCGACAGGAUCGCCAGCUGCCCCCCUCCCUCAUUUUUUUCAUCACACAAAUUUGACAAAAGGAGCAAACUGUUUUCAACAAACUCACUAACGUGUUCCAACAUGCAGUAUGAUCAUGCCUGACGAUGAGCACCGGGAACUGUCACCGGGACUCUGAGACGGGAGAACCGGCAAAGAAGCGGUUUAGACAAACAAGUAUUCUUGACAGCUUUUCGUUUCGGAGGAAACUCAGCAAGCGAGCUGAGGAGGCUCAGAGUCGAGUUGAGGAAGCUAUCCUGUCUGAUCUGGCCAAUGAAAAAAAAGAAGAGAUGUCAGACAACAGAGGUGAGGAGAUGUCCCAACAGAUGAGAGAGAGGGCUGCUGAGGCUGCAGAGAGAAGACGGAGUGCAAAGUCACCGUGGUCCACUCCUCCCCAUGAGUCACAUGAUGACCAGCCAGCCAAUCAGGGUCCUGCAAGCCAUCACCGGCAUCACAAGUCACAUGACUCUCCAUCUAGUCAUCCCAGUUCCUCAAGACAUGGCAGACACAGACUCAGUCCCUCGGGUGUGGUCCCUCGGGCAAGCAAGUAUGUUGACGAAGAAAAGCCAAGUACGAGUAGAGACACUUUGUCUACAUCUCACCAUGGAAGAAGAGACCAUAAGCACAAGAGGAGGAGUAGAUCUGACAGUAGUCCAGAAUAUGGAGGUCCAGAUUCACCGUUGGUUAUUCCAGAUUCCCCCACAGUGAUCCCAGAGUCUCCUGUCCUGAGUGAGCCACCUACAGACUCCCCUGCCUCACCCUCCAACCAAAGUGACACUCUAGUGUAUGAAGACUCAGAGCCAGUGUUUUCUAAUUCAGAUGUGUUAUCCCAGAGAGAUCCCUCUCAGCCCAGUUGGUUUGGUACACCGAUAUCAGCCUUGAACAGGACCCCGGCCUGUAGCAGUCCCCUCCCCUCCCUCAAACCUGACAGUCAACAUACUGUACUGUUUAGGCCCCAUGUACGGCCAGGCGACCCUCCUAGGCCGUUUCCAGACAAAUACAGAGACGUAUGGGAUGAUGCCCAUGUGCGUAUGCCCUGCUCAGAUGAGAACUUAUACCCUGUACAAGACCAGGAUGGCAGCAAGACUGUGAAGAGUCGGUGGGAGGUGGUGCAGUCAGCUCUACUAGGGAACAUACAGAACUCCUUGGACCUGGAGGAGGCCAUCUUAACAUACAACUCCAGAUAUGCCAAUAGAUGGGACUUCAGGGGUUUACAUUCAUUCUUUACUGAGUAUCUAGAUGAUGAUGAAGCCAGAGGUUUCUUCAAAGUGACUCUGCCUGCUAUGGUGAAGUUGGCACUCAGACUACCCGAGAUUGUAACUCAGAGCCCCCCACUACUGAAGAAACAGAUGCGACACAGCAUCACCCUGUCCCAGCUCCAGGUGGCUUCACUAUUAUCCAAUGCCUUCUUCUGCACCUUCCCAAGGAGAAAUGCCUACCAGAGGAACUCAGAAUACUCCUCUUUUCCCAGCAUCAACUUUAAUGAUCUGUUUAAAGGUGGGAAACAUGGGGUGGAUAGACGACGUGCAGAGAAACUCAAGACACUUGUGCACUACUUCAAGAGAGUCACUGCAAGAAUGCCCUGUGGAACGUUGACCUUCCGUAGACAGUCCUUCCCCAAAAUGCCCGUGUGGAAGACCUGUAAGGACCCCUUGACCAGGCUCCAUGUCUCAGCUGAGGGGAUGAUAGAGGAGGAUGGUACAGGGAUGCUACAGGUGGACUUUGCCAAUAAGGUCAUAGGAGGGGGUGUUUUGGGAUUUGGAUUAGUGCAGGAGGAGAUUAGGUUUCUAAUCUGUCCUGAGAUGAUCCUGUCCAGGCUCUUCACUGAGACACUCGAGGCAGACGAGUGCUUAGUCAUCAUUGGUGCUGAGCAGUACAGCUGCUACAAGGGGUAUUCAGACACCUACAAGUGGGCAGGGGACUAUCAGGACCAGACAACAAGAGACACAUGGGGCCGAAGGUGUACAGAGGUAGUAGCCAUUGACGCCCUGAAGUACAGGACUUACACUGAACAGUGUAAUCCUGGUAUGGUGAAGAGAGAGCUGGAUAAGGCAUUUUGUGGUUUCUACAGAUCAGACGUGUUGCCUAGCAACCUGUCAGCCAUAGCAACAGGCAACUGGGGGUGUGGUGCUUUUGGAGGUGACUCCAGAAUAAAGGGUCUGAUCCAGAUGAUGUCAUCAGCUGUAGCUAAGAGAGACCUCGCCUACUUCACCUUCGGAGAUGCACAAUUGGCAGAGGACCUGUACAAGAUGCAUGAAUUUGCAGAAGCAAACAGUCUUUCUGUUGGUGACCUGUGGAAUGUGAUCCAGUCCUACCACAGAACAUGUGCCAAGACUUCCAGGAAACCUGCAGUGGAACUCUUCAGCUACAUCUACCAGAUGUACUCUGACUUCCAGGACUCUACUGAUGAGGAGGGAGCCGGGCAGGACUGGGAGGAGGGGGCAGAGGGCAAAGGGCAUGGGUCACAGAUCAAGGGUUGGGAGUCAGAUGAGGAAGGGGCAGAUGGUACAACAGAGAGGAAGGAGUCUCUAGAUUAUAAAGCCAUGACACCAUAGAGAUAACAAGUGAUCCUGAUGUCGUAUGGUCACAGAUGGAGAUCUUUUGCGGGUUCCACACUGGAAUUAUUAAAUAAGGGUCCAUGAGGUGUAUAUUUUCACUGUAGAUCCAGGGACCUCAUUAUAAGAAAUGAUGAUUUAUUUAAUUAAGCUCAGAUACCAAUAUUUACAUCUUAUUUAAUCCUACAUUGGAAUCAAAAGCACUGUGACAUGCAUAUCUUGUAACGAACAUGGUAAUACUAUAUGCCAAGUCUUUUUGCCACACUUUUGUCUUCUCACUGACCAUGAAUAUGGUAAACUUGUAUUGAUUGUUAUCUACUUCCAAAGGAAGGAUAUUGCAAUGUUACAUUGUACAUGUACCAUGAAGUGUCAUAAAUAUUCUUUUUCUUCCUAGUGGAGAAUGCCAGCAAAAGAAUGUGAAUUUACUUACUGUAGAACUGUAUAGGCGAACAUUAGGAUCGUCUAUGUAUUUACUUUAUUUCAAUGUUUUUCAUAGUAUAAUACUCUGCUGUACUUUGAGAACAUUUGUACCAAUCUUGCUUUUUGGUAUCAUCAAUUCUAGGAAAGUCAGGCUUGUGUAGAGGCCAUUUUUUUAAAGCUUGGAAAACAUUUUGACAUUGUGUAUUUAAAUUACUAUUUGUUUUUGGUCAAUCAUGUUUCAAACUCUGCAUCAAAUAAAUUCUACAAAGUCAGAUACACUGAACAUUGGUAAAAGCUUAAUACAAGUAUGUGUUCGGAAUUUGUUCUGGAAGUCACACUUUGUUCCGUUUCAUGCUCCUGCAAAACAUUAACAUACAUGUAAUGCUAGUAGACAUUUACAAGUAUUGGACAGUUAACUUCAAAUAAACAAUUGAAA